AUGUCAGAGACUUCAAUUCAAGAGGCCGCAACUCCUGCGCCGCCAGCUGUACCUACGCCCGACAUCUCAAGCUCGAAUGCGGCCAGUUCAUCAUGGCUUUCAUCCAUAGUCGGAGACAAUCAACUAUUUGCCGCAGGCGUCGGCCUCAUGGGUGCUGGCGUCGGCUUGACACUAUUACGACGAGGAGUCACACUUAGCUCAACGGCUCUGCAACGGCGCAUGCUCGUAUCACUUGAGUUCAACGUCAAGGACCCGUCAUAUCACUGGUUCUUACACUGGCUCUCACAACAUACGAAUGCUAUGAAGAGUCGAGGACUUGAGCGCACGCACCAGCUUAGCGUUGUAACGGAUAUAUUGAAAAGAGGGAACGGGAGUCAGAACGUCGCGUUCAGGCUCGUGGCCGGGCCUGGUGUGCAUUGGUUGAAGUACCGCGGGGCAUGGAUGCGGGUGAGCAGAGAACGCGAAACGCGCGCUGCACCAGAUCCAAGUGGCAUGCCCUGGGAGACAGUCACUCUCACAACUCUAUCACGCGACCGUGGUCUCUUUCCUCAACUAUUGGCCGACGCGCGAGAUCUGGCUCUUACCGGCCUAGAAGGUCGGCUCCAGAUACAUACCGCUUGGGGCUUGGAGUGGCGGCCUUUUGGCAAGCCGCGGAGGAAAAGACCGCUCGGCAGCGUUGUGCUUGGUGAAGGCGUUGCCGAGAAGGUCAUGAACGACGUUCAAGCUUUCUUGGGGCGGAGACAGUGGUACGCCGAUCGAGGCAUUCCCUAUCGACGCGGCUACCUCCUUCACGGUCCACCCGGUUCCGGCAAAUCUUCCUUCAUCCAAGCCCUCGCCGGCGAACUGAACUACGACAUUUGCCUUUUGAACCUCUCCGAACGCGGACUGGCUGACGACAAGCUCACUCAUCUAAUGAGCAACCUCCCAGAACGCUCGAUAGUCCUAAUCGAAGACGUCGACGCCGCAUUCAACAAGCGCGUUCAAACGUCCGCAGACGGAUACCAGAGCAGCGUCACGUUCUCCGGAUUCUUGAACGCGCUGGACGGUGUUGCGUCCGGGGAGGAACGAAUCAUCUUUAUGACGACGAACCAUCCGGAGAGGUUGGAUCCUGCGCUUGUCAGGCCCGGUCGCGUCGAUAUGGAUGUCCUCGUCGACGACGCAUCACCGGCGCAAGCACGCAGACUAUUCGACAAGUUUUACGAAGGGAACGAGGACGUCAAGGUGCUCGGCGAUGAGCUUGAGGGUUUGGUCAAGGAUGGGGUGGCACAUGGUCGGAGGAUCAGUAUGGCAAUGUUGCAGGGCUUCUUCAUUCGUAGCGACGUGAAGGAGGCGAUAGCGGAGACACGGACAUAUUUGUCACAGACUGAUGGGGCAUCUUCAUGA